AUGACGCCACCAAUUGCAUGCUUCUACGGGAGGACAAGCUUUACUUUAUCACGAUCACAAAGAACAACACCAGGUCGCUCAAGUGUGUCAACGUGUGGGAUUCACACGGCAAGGUGGCGACUUUGGCAACGUGGACGAGCCUUCCCAUGGGCUUGCAUCAAGAAACAUACGACGCCCCAUGCCGGUACAAUAACACCUCACUUGUUUACUGCGCUGGAAAGCUGGUGCUUGCAAACUUGAUUCCAGACAGUGUCGAUGCACAAACCCAAGUUGGUUUUGUCUAUCUGGAUGAAGCAUCCAGACAGUGGCAACCCUUGGCAACUAUGCCUAGAGAGAAUAUGCCGGCAGAGCUUAGAAAAGUUGGGCUGCGAGCAGGCAAUAUGCGUGAGUGGAGUUUGAUAGUGGCGGGAGGGGAGACGGAGAUCACCUUGUUCAUAACUCACUUAACGUUCGGUUGGGGUUGCAUUUACAAUAAGGAAACCGGUAUCUGGCGACCAGCUUGUGGCCUAAGGUCCGAAGGUGGUAUGCUGUAUCCUUUCAAGCCAUCAUUCCAUCCAGUCUCCAUUUAG